GGUCGGAUCAACUUUGUAUCCGGUCAUUCGGCCUUCGUGAUCAAUCCGGCCGACGGACACCGCAUCCUCAUCUCGUCCAGGGCCAUCAAUCGAGCCCUACCGAACGACAUCGUAGCUGUAAAAGUAAACGAUCUCAAAGACUGGCGAUUAUCAGCGUGUCGUUCUGUAUCACCUCAGGUGCGUGCCUCCCUCGAAAACGGCUCAGAGGAUGACCCCUCAGCAAGCACACCCUCCAAGCCAACCCAAAUAAUCCCUACCGAGGUUGAGGAGUACUCGGAGGACGGCGCUGAAGCUCUACCUGCGGCAGAGGUCCCUGCUAGCGAGCAGGAGGAGGAGACGAGACGUGACUUCCAUCCCAUGCCCUCAGCCUUUCUGGACUCCGAUGUGGAGUCCUCUGAUUACAUUAUGGUGCCUAAUGCUCUGUCCAAAAGCAACGGCACGACGCAUCCCUGUCGCGUCUGUUACUUGAUCCCCGAACGAUCCUAUCAGCCGAAGGUUAAGCUAGCCACCUCUUCUGUCCCAGAGGAGGAGGAAUUUACUAUACCGCAGUAUGAAUACGUCCGCCGAAGAGAUUUCCGUUCGAACUGCAUAGUCUCUGUCGAUCCCGCGACAGCGAAGGAUGUGGACGACGCUCUGCAUGUGCGAAAGUGCGGUCCAAAUACUUUCGAAGUUGGUGUGCAUAUUGCCGACGUGUCCUUUUUCGUGCGACCGAACUCCGCACUGGAUCGGGAGGCAGCUGAUCGGACCACAUCUGUUUACUUGGUUCAGCGCGUGAUUCCGAUGCUACCGUCAAUUCUGUCGGAACAACUCUGUAGCCUGAAUCCUGGAGCUGAUAGACUCGCUUUUUCAGUCGUCUUUAAGGUGGACAGCGAAGCUCAGGUUUUUGAUGUUUGGUUUGGUCGUUCUAUCAUUCGCUCCUGUGCCAAACUCUCCUACGAGAAUGCCCAACGCCUACUCGAGUCCUCAGACGAUGGUCUUGAGUCCCUGCGGUCAUCCGUCAAUGUUCAUGGACCAUUCUCCCUCGGAAACAUCAAACGCUCUCUCUACUACCUCAACAUGGGCUUCUUACUCCUGUAA